GUGGAAAGUCUACAGCUGUUUUCAAUAAUUUAGUUAAAAAAAAAAACAAAAAACAGUCGUAAACCUUCUUUUCCCUCGUCUUCUCCCCCCGCCGCCGUUCAUUCUUCCAUCGGGCUUCUUCUCCGGCGACGUCUAACCAUUGUGCGCGGAGCUUUGUCUUCUCUUUCUUUCUUGGAGGUGAACACGAUGGGUCAACGGGCCAAAUUUCAUUGGUGUUCUAGACCCCCGGGUUUUUCGAUUUCCGAUCUGAAUGCUCCUUAACUUGUAAACCUCAGAUUUGUGAGUUUGAACCUUCUCUCUUCGGACUGCGAUGAGCAUCUUCAACGCCGCCGCCGCCGCCGCCGCUGCUAGCCCCUACAGAUGAAUGGGUUCUCUAUCUCGCAUGGUGCCCCUCUGCAAUGCCCUCUUUCUCUUCCCAAGCCCUAAAAAACCCCGCUGUGUUUCGCCCCAAAUCCAAGCAACUCCCGGAUUCCACUCGCCCUUGUAUCGUUCAGUCCCUUCUCAACCACUCUUCUCAGGGGAACCUCCCGGAAGCCCUCUCCCACCUCGACCCACUUGUCCAAAGAGGCAUACGCUUACCCACUAGCGUUUUCGUCCACCUCUUGCGACUUUGUGCCAAAGCCAAGUCAUUAAAAGGAGGAAAAUCGGUUCAUCUGCAUUUGAAACUCACGGGCUUCAAACGCCCUACAACUAUCAUUGCGAACCAUUUGAUUGGUAUGUACUUUCAAUGUGGCAGUGACAUAGAGGCACGUAAGGUGUUUGAUAAAAUGUCUGUAAGAAAUUUGUACUCUUGGAACCAUAUGCUUGCUGGGUAUGCUAAGUUGGGAAAUGUAUAUCAAGCUAGGAAGUUGUUCGAUACAAUGAUAGAGAAGGAUGUCAUAUCAUGGAACACAAUGGUUCUUGCUUAUGCUAAGAAGGGGUGUUUGAAUGAAGCUAUUGGGUUGUACAGAGACUUUAGGAGACAAGAUAUGGGGUUCAAUGAGUUUAGUUUUGCUGGUCUUUUGAUUCUUUGUGUGAAGCUCAAGGAAUUGCAGCUCGCCAAGCAGGUUCAUACGCAGGUGUUGGUUGUUGGAUUCUUGUCUAAUAUAGUUCUUUCUAGUUCAAUUGUUGAUGCAUAUGCAAAAUGUGGAGAGAUGGAAUGUGCAAAGAGAUUGUUUGAUGAAAUGCCUGUUAAAGAUAUCCUUGCAUGGACUACAAUGGUCUCUGGAUAUGCUAAAUGGGGUGAUAUGAAUUUAGCUAGCGGAUUGUUUCAUCAAAUGCCUGAAAAGAAUCCUGUCUCCUGGACAGCUUUGAUAUCAGGCUAUGCAAGAAACAGUUUGGGACAUGAAGCACUCGAUUACUUUACACAAAUGAUGAAGUUUCGAGUUAAUCCCGACCAAUUUACGUUCAGUAGUUGUCUCUGUGCUUGUGCCAGCAUUGCUGCACUAAAGCAUGGUAAACAAGUUCAUGCCUAUUUGAUCAGAACCAACUUCAGAUGCAACACAAUAGUCGUCAGCUCUCUCAUCGACAUGUAUUCGAAGUGUGGCAUGUUAGAAGCUGCCUGCAGCGUUUUUUACCUUUUGGGAAACAAGCAGGAUGUUGUAUUGUGGAAUACGAUGAUAUCCGCCCUCGCUCAGCACGGUCACGGGAAAAAAGCAAUGCAGAUGUUCAGUGACAUGGUUGAAUCAGGAUUGAAGCCUGAUAGGAUCACAUUCAUCGUGAUCCUUAGCGCGUGUAGUCAUUCAGGUCUCGUGCACGAAGGACUUCAGUUUUUCAAGGCCAUGAGCUACGAUCACGGCGUUCUCCCCGAUCAAGAACACUACGCAUGCUUAAUCGACCUCUUGGGUCGAGCUGGAUGUUUUACCGAGUUGGUAAACGAGCUAGAGAAGAUGCCUUGUAAACCCGACGAUCGGAUAUGGAAUGCAUUACUCGGAGUCUGUAGGAUACAUGGCAAUAUAGAGCUUGGAAGAAAAGUAGCUGAGCACGUAAUCGAGCUGGAGCCUCGAUCUUCUGCAGCCUAUGUAUCUCUUGCGAGUUUGUAUGCGUUUCUCGGCAAAUGGGAGUCGGUAGAGCAGGUCAGGGAAGUAAUGGAAGAGAGAUUAGUGAGGAAAGAGCGUGCUAUAAGCUGGAUUGACAUUGAAAACAAGGUACAUUCUUUCAUAGCUUCUGAUAGAUUUCAUCCAUUGAAGGAGGAAAUAUACUCUCUAUUAGAACAGCUAGCCAGCCACACAGAAGAGGAUUUUUCAAUCGUUUGAAAAGAAUUUCAAAGUUAUUGCCAUGCAGGUUGUUUUCAAGAAGAUCUGCUCCCAAGUUUUACCUGUUAAGAAUGGAACAAACCACAUAGAAUGUGAUAAUUGAACACAAUGGGUAUUACUCCUUCAUCAUAAUUUGUUUUUAUCUCAUUGUUAAUCAAUAAUAAUGGCUCGAGUUAGUUUCUUGAUUAUA